AUGGCCUCGUCCAUCCCCUUCCCCAAGCUCUCGCGCACGGCAGCCCGCGCAGUCUCGCGCAUCCCGACCCUCCGCCCCGCGCUGCCGCCGCAUGCCGCGCGGGCAGAGUGGGUGCGCGGGGGGCCGGCGACGCCGUUCUUCCGGGACGAGGCGCACACACGGCCGACGAGGGGGCUGUAUCGCGCCUUGUUGCGCCGUCUGGGGCCGGUGCGCAGCGGCGAGGGGUGUACGCCAGCCUCACCAUCACCACCAGCGCCGCCAUCACCAUCACAAGCGCCGUCACCACCACCGCCCUACCCGCACACCCUCGCCGCCCUCCGCGCCGCCUGGCGCCAUCGCCGCAAGUGGGUCUCGCCGCGUAACACCCGCGUGUUCCUCGAGAGCCAGUACGCGCUGCUGUCCGACCUGCGCUCGGCGUGCGCCGCGGCGCGGCUACAGCAAGCCGAGGAGCAGCACGCUGCCGAGGCGGAGCGGCGCGCCGCGCUCGCCGCGCAGGCUGCUGCCGAGGCGGCCGCGCGCGCCGCCCCGGCCCACACCCACCUGACGGGCAGCUUCAUGCUGCGCUCGCCGUUCCACGGCCCGAUGCCGCGCCUGCGGCCGCAGCCGCUCGGCUUCAGCAUGAUGGUCAAGGCGCGGCGCGUGCGCCGCGAGCGGCUGUUCGACAAGCGGCUCGCGCUCAUAGCGACCAACGAGCUCAUGCGCGACGAGCUCGCGUUCUGGCGUGACCUCCGCCUUGGCGGCGAGUGGGACUCGGGCCUCGGCAUGGCCGCGUGGCAUGCCGAGGCGAACCGCGCCAUCGCGGCCAUCGACGACAACUACAAGAUGCAAGGGCGCCGCGCGGCGUCCGACCCGUCCGACUACCUCGUCGCGCGGGUGCGCCAGGCGCGCCGCAAGAGGACGCAGGUGCUGCAGGUGCGCGCGGCGGCCAGGAAGGAGAGGCAGGCGAGCGAGACGGACGAGGAGAGGAAGGGACCGCCGGGAUGGCCUAGGGGCAGCCAUCGUCGUGGGAAGACGCGGGCACGGAGGAGCCCCCCGUCGCAGCGGCUGCAGGAGGAGGGGGAGGGGAGGCCGUAG